AUGCCCAUGGCCUGGGCCUCUGUUGCGGCCGCCCCGCCCAAAAGCCUCACCCCAGAGCAGCGCAUGCAAGAGCUGCGCGAGUUCUACGAUUCGCAGCCACUAUGCGCGAUAGUCCAGGAGACUCUUGGGCUGCGUGCGAUCCCCGGAACCACCGGUGGUAACGCCGGACUGAUUGAGCAUGCCGUCGUCAUCGGCAUCGACACGGAGGCGUGGACCAGAAAUACCAACGAGAUGACGGAGAUUGGGUUGGCGGUGUAUGAGCGCAAGGAGAUGAUGGAAGUCCAGAGAGAGAAGAAUCUCUGGGAGAUAGAAAACGGUUGGUUUGUUGACGGCCACGAUCACUUGGGACCUUUUGGUGAGCAGCUCUUGAUGAAGAUGCGAUUUUACCACCUUCGUAUCGUCGAGAACGCGCAUCUCAAGACAAACGCCAAGUGGAUGAAAGGGGCUGAGGGGAACCGCUUUGGCCAUUCACGUUUCGUCACGUUUGCUGAAGCGCGCGAUAUCCUCGAUUCGUUGUUUGACCAGCCUAUUGUCUCAGACGACCCUAAGCUCCAGGGCUGCAAGAAGCCUAUCAUCCUCGUCGGCCAUGCCAUCUCCCACGAUCGUCUGAACUGCAAGAACCACGGCCUCGAUUACGAUUGGUUCAAGCACGGCACUAUUGUCAGGGAGGUUGACACGCAGCCACUGGCGAAGGCGACGGGCACUUGGUUUGACUUUGCCGCUCCGAACAAUGAGGUUGGGUUGGCGAAAUUGACGAAGACGUUGGGAUUCCUGCACGAAGACCCCCAUACGGCCUGUAACGAUGCUGCCAGGACUGUAAUCUCGGCUAUACAAAUGGUGCUUCCGCGAGAGAGCAGAGAGAGCCUGGAGACAGACAUGCAGACGGUGGCACGAUACAUUGAGCAAAGGUCGAAGCAGGUUGCAGGUCCAAGCUGGGGUAGUGCGCUCUACUGUACACGCUGUGGCGGUCGCGACCACGAAAACAAAGAUGAGGGAAACCGCUGUGCCGAACGGGUAUACUGUAGAGCUUGCGCACAGCACGAUUGGUUUGACGACAAAGAGAACAGCGAUGAUAGCUUUGGGAGUGUAGGAGAGGUCAAGGAGACGGAGGAGUACUGGGAGACGCAUAUCGAGGAGUGCUGUCUCCACAUCGCGGAGUACAAUGCCUGGGUUCGUCGGUGCAACGAUGCAACAAGGAAGCGGAAGCCACUGCCGCCUGGUCCUCCUGAAUGCUCUCAUCCAGGCUCCAACACUAUCUUGACUUCAACGUGGUCUUAUACCCCCAGCCAUCCAUCGGCGACUGCACAGUCUUCUGGCGGUGGUGGUCGUCGUGUCCGCCGCCACGUCGGUUCACAGAAAAGCGAGCUGUUGGGCAAGAAUUGGCGCCGUGGCGAUGAUGGCCAUUUCAAUUGGUAG